AUGCUCGUCGUGCGGCCGCGAGCCUUCGCUGCGCUCGUCGUCUGCGCAUUUGUUACCGCCGCCAGCCUUCUACUUGUCAGACGACAUUUCCCCUCAUUUUCACAUUCAACACCCGCUUCCGAGGAUCUCCACCUUGACGCUGAUGUGUUGCAAUCAGUCGCCCGGGCCAAGUACUCAGUUCCGAAAAGAAGCGAAAGUCGUGAUUUCAUUGUGAGCACUGUUGAUCAGUUUCCUGCAACCAAGGGACCACGAAGAGAUUUUUCAAGAAUCAAGCAGCCGAAUGUAUAA